AGAUAGGACACCCAGACACGAUGUGUCAGCCUCGUCAGUCCUGAGUCAGCCAGCUUCAUCAGUCCUGACUCAAGCUACUGAGCUCCCGACAGGCCGGAAGCCCUAGGAGACGAGGCAGCCCAGCCCACGUGCCUGGCCUCCACCCCUGACUUCACUUGAUAACAAACUAGAAACUGAAACAGGGUCAGGAUUCCCGGCUUGAAGUCAGAGAUGAGUCACUGCUAACAGCAACUGCAGUAGCUGAGAAAGGGGCAUCAGAGAGGAAGGCAGCACACCUGAGGGUCCCGGUGGAACAUGGCAAGGAGCAUGGACGUAGUGGCCAUGGAUUGCGAGAUGGUGGGGCUGGGGCCCUUCCGGGAGAGUGGCUUGGCUCGCUGCAGCCUUGUGGACUACCACGGCUCCGUGCUGUACGAUAAGUUCAUCCGGCCCGAGGGUGACAUCACUGACUAUAGGACCCCGGUCAGCGGAAUCACAGCUCGGAACAUGGAGGGGGCCACCCCGUUUGCCGUGGCCAGGCUGGAGAUCCUGCAGGUGCUGAAGGGCAAGCUGGUGGUGGGCCACGACCUGAAGCACGACUUCAAGGCGCUGAAGGAGAACAUGAGCAACUACGCCAUCUACGACACGGCUACCGACCGGCGGCUGUGGCGCGAGGCCGGCCUGCAGUACUGCCGGCGGGUCUCCCUGCGCGUGCUGAGCCAGCGCCUCCUCGGGCGGCGCAUCCAGCAGCACAAGUCCCAUCCCAGGUUUGACUGGCUAGCCAGCCGAAGAGGGAGCCUCUGGCUGCUGCCUCGGGAGACAGGGAGCUCAGGCCAGGCAGAGAGCAAGGGAAGGGCCUGAGGCUUGGGCACUGGGGGCUUCUCCAUCAAAUGUGUGUGCUGAAGGGCUGGGGAAGGCCCUGGUCACCAAGGCCUUGGCUUGGCUUGGCUUGGAGGCCACAGCACCCCUCACUGCCCCAGAUCCCUGGACCCAAGUUGCCUCCCUUCCCUCUGCCUUUGGAGACAGGCCCGUGUGGGCAUCUCUCAGCUCCUCCCCUAGUCCGUCCAUCAAGGCUGCAGAGAACAUGGAGACCAUCUGCCAAGCAUCCUUCCCCUUCUCCACUUGGUACAUUUUUUCAAACUUCCGCUUUGUUUUCUUAAAAAUAUAAUAUAUUGACAUGUUUCAAAAUAAAGAUAUUCUUAA